CAGAAGCAUGAAGCUCGCAGUUAAUAUUAGUUGCUAUAGCUAUACCUACUAUCGCGCGCUCUGUUUUUUGCCUCCUCGUCCUCUCCUCUGUCUCUGUGUUGCGUUAUAACUGUAUCUGUGUGUGUUAGUGUAUAUUUAUAUAUUCUCGCGACUUGGUCUUCGUCUCGUCUCGUUUCGUCGUUUCUCCGUCUCCUCCGCACCUCGAUUUUCUGCGUUUGCGCCAACGACGCGCGGCGUAAGUGGCCAGCAGUGAAUGUAGCCGUGGACUAGUGGAGCUGUGGAGGCGUUUUGGGUACGUCGUCGUCGUACGACAAAAGGAGGACGACGGGGACCCUCUCGGAGCGAGUAGUCCUCGAUUCGUCUGCAGGAGGGUCAGCCUGCCCCCUCCUAUAGUGAACCUAGUGCUCGUCCCUAGAAGUAUAAUACAUUGCGCGCUUCCUCUAUACCGACGAAAUUGUGCGUGUGCAGACGGUACAGUACCAGAGAUAUCUCGUCGAAUAUAUAUAUAUAGCUACGCGCGCGAGUGUCUACUUUCUCGUUGUUUUACACUAUUAUCAUACAUUUGUGAUAUACAAUUACUUACACCUCCUGAUUUCGUAUAGUAGCUUACUAGUUGUGUGUUGUGUGUUAAGUAUACAUACAUCUAUACAUUAUUAUCAUCGUAACUCGUGCAGUAACACACAACAACAGUAGCAGCCAUGUCGUUGAUCGGGAUCGUGAACAAAACCGAGUUCAUCGUCGGCGGCAAGUACAGGCUAAUGAGAAAGAUCGGUUCUGGCUCCUUUGGCGACAUUUACCUCGGUAUCAACGUGGCCAAUGGCGAGGAAGUGGCAAUAAAGUUGGAAAAUAUCAGAGCUCGUCACCCACAAUUAUUAUACGAAUCUAAAUUGUACAGGAUACUGCAUGGUGGUGUAGGCAUACCUCAUAUACGCUGGUAUGGCCAAGAACGUGACUAUAAUGUUCUAGUAAUGGAUCUACUUGGUCCUUCACUUGAAGAUUUGUUUACUUUUUGUUCGCGAAAAUUCACAACCAAAACAGUACUGAUGUUAGCUGAUCAAAUGAUUGGCAGGAUUGAAUUCGUUCACUGCAAACAUUUCAUACAUAGAGAUAUCAAACCCGACAAUUUUUUAAUGGGAAUCGGCCGUCAUUGUAACAAGCUGUUCCUUAUCGACUUUGGACUAGCCAAGAAGUUCCGUGACAACCGCACCCGAUUGCACAUACAGUACCGUGAAGAUAAGAACUUGACGGGCACAGCAAGGUACGCUUCUAUUAACGCUCAUCUUGGUAUCGAGCAAAGCCGCCGCGACGACAUGGAAUCUCUCGGUUACGUACUCAUGUACUUCAACCGGGGCUCGCUGCCCUGGCAGGGUCUCAAGGCUGCAACGAAAAAGCAGAAAUACGAAAAAAUUAGCGAAAAGAAAAUGUCCACGCCCGUUGAGGUUCUUUGCAAGGGCUUCCCAGCCGAAUUCUCCAUGUACCUAAAUUAUUGCCGAGGACUGCGUUUCGAAGAGAGCCCAGACUACAUGUACCUGCGCCAGCUGUUCCGUAUCCUCUUCCGCACGCUGAACUACCAAUAUGAUUACACGUUUGAUUGGACGAUGCUGAAGCAAAAGAGCGCGGUCAACAACGGCAUGACACCAGCACCUGGAGCUGGCCAGUCACAGCUCGCUCAAGGCCAGAGCACGGGCCAAGGUCAGACAUCGACCCAAACAGCAGCUCAAACAGUUUUACUGCUCAAUCAAACAAGGAUAAAUUCGUGGAUGGACCUGUUUCCGGCGGAUAAAACUAAUGAAACUAGUGAAAAAAAAGCUUAGCACUGUCAUAAACUGUUUUCCUUUAACAUUGCUCUUUUGGUUGCAAGACGAACCGAUACAUUAAUAUAUUUAUUGAAGAGCGCGAAUGACUUUUUAAUAUUGAAAUAAAAUUGAAGA